GAAACCUUGCAAGUUGUGGAGAACUUGUUGGAGGAGGCGCACAAUGCGAAUGCCAAUGUGAGGGCGUCUGAGGGCGUCUUUAUCAAGGCACCACAGCUACUCGGAUCCUCGAGCACCGUCGUGAGUCUUCAAUCACCUAUGAGCCGGGGGUCUGAUUAUUUAAAAAGAUACUUAGUCUCCUUGACCGAGCGAGGGGAGGACAAGCGUCUCAAAAGGAAUGCGGGGGCGUGUACAUAAGGUUUUGAUCAGGAUGGAGAAGAUGGACAGAGUGGUGGCAAAGAUGGUAGAGACGCCCUCGCCACAGCGGAUGCAGAGGUUCUACUCUGCGCUGAAAGUUACUGGCAUUGGUGAGGGACUGGUGGUCAGGGACGUGGGGGAGGGCAAAGGCAAAGGUAUCUUUGCAAGCAAGACCUUUGAGGAGGGAGACCCUGUGCUGAUUGAGCCACCGCUUGUGGCUGCUCAGGACACGGCGAACAAGGUUGACGCUCUGGUCUGCGCCCACUGCUUCCAGUACGUGGGGUCAAUAGAGCUGCAGAUUGGGAGGCGGUUAUCGCUGAACCAGCCACAGGCCAGCGGCAGGCCAGCAGAAACUCCCGAAGCAGAAACUCUGGACUUGGACAAGCGAAGCGGAAGCGAAGCAUCAGAUGAUGAGGUCACGGGAAGCGGCCAAGGUACAAACGGGUUUGGGUCUAGAGAGGUCACGGGAAGCGGCCAAGGUACAAACGGGUUUGGGUCUAGAGAGGCAAUUGAUAAAGUAAACGGGUUAGAAACUGAGUUAGAUGAAGAAGGGGAACACUACUGUGAGGUGGACGAGUCCGAUGAUGAACGGAUCCCUGCGCCCCCGGAAACAGUCACGGCGCUUCUGGACGGAACUCUAAAGCUUCCGCUAAGCGAGCAGAUCCCGCUGCCUGCGGUUGUGGAAUGUCUAGGGGGCUGCUCCGAAAACGUGUACUGCAGCGACACGUGCGCAUCCAUAAGCUGGGAGGCGCACCAUAAGCUAUUGUGCGCGGGACCAAGAAGCGAGGCGGCAGACACAGAAGCUCUGCGAGGCUUCCGGGACUUUGCAGAUGGGAGCAAUAACAUCUUCCACGCAGCUGCGCAAGUGGUUGCAGCAACAGUGCUUCGGGCGAGGAAGGUAGGGGCCCCAAUAAUACCCGAGCAUCUGGCUGGGGGGGUCGGGAUCGGCAGCGAGGGAAGGGGAAGGCGCAGAAGUUCCCGAGCGGUUACAGGGGGGAGAGCAUCCGAAGGGGGGGACGAAAUCAGCGAUUUGGACGCCCUCUUGAGAGCGUGGGAGCCCUUUUCCAUGGGGUGGAAAGGGGUCUGGUGGGAGUCAGUAGCGUGCCCCCCCGAAAUGGAGGGCCGGCCGGAGGAGGAGGCGGAGUUCCGGGCGUCGAUACGGGAGCUGUGCGACGGGUCGCUGCAGCUGCUGCGGGCGGCGUUCGGGCGCGAGGCAGAGACAUAUCGUCCGCUCUUCUCUCUCGAAGUCUACUCCCGCAUCAUCGGCAUGUUCGAGCUGAACAAUCUGGCGCUCGUGGUCCAGUCUCCGGUCGAGAACUACUUCCUGGCGAUUGAUGAGCUUUCUGAAGACGAGAAGCGGAAAGUAGAACCGGUCACCAAGCCCCUCCUAGACGCGCUUGGGCGCAGCUACUCGGCGCACUGCGAAGGGACCGCUUUCUACAUGUUACAGAGCUGCGCCAACCACUCGUGCGCCCCAAACGCGCGCGCAUUCAAGCGGGAACAGGAUGUCAACGGGCAUGCGGUGCUGCUGGCGAACCGGCGCAUCGAGGUCGGGGAAGAGGUUACAAUAUCGUACAUAGACGAAAGUGACAGUUACAUCGACCGCCAAAGAGCCCUUGCAGAUUACGGCUUUGUGUGUCGUUGUUUGAGGUGCUUAACAGACUCACUCAAUGACUGACACUUUACUUUUUCAUGAAAGACUGCCCCGGCUCAUUGGUGUUAUCAUGCACGCUGCGGAAGUAUGCUUCUACGUUACCACGGCAU